AAUAUGGAAACCGACUUGUCGUGAUCGAAUCGAGAUAUUAGUGACUGUUCUGAAAUUUAUUAAUAGAACAGGCAAAAUGGUUGCAUCACGGACGUGAACAUCAGACAUCCAAUUAACGUCUGACGACUUGAUAUGGGGAAGAAAGACAAAAGGGAUAAAGAGGAACGAAGAGCCAGUAAAAGAGCAAAGCUUGAGCAAGAAUAUGAAGAAGAGGAAGAUGAUAUUAAAGAAACUGACAAAGGUGUUCCUAAAGCAGCCACACAAAAUAUCCAGGAGGAAACAAAAGAGGAUGAAUUUGGGGCAAAAGACUAUCGCCCGAUGCUUGACCUCAAGUUUGACCAUGGAUCAAGACCUUUGUGGGUGGGACCAAAUGGACAUAUUUUCCUAGAGUCAUUUUCACCUGUGUAUAAACAUGCCCAUGAUUUCCUGAUUGCCAUAUCUGAACCUGUUUGCCGACCACUUAAUAUCCAUGAGUAUAAACUUACGCCGUACUCUCUGUAUGCUGCAGUGUCUGUUGGACUAGAGACAAAGGAUAUUAUUGAAUAUCUCCGUCGUCUCAGCAAGACUACACUUCCCUCUGGUAUAGAGGAAUUUAUAAAGUUGUGUACCCUGAGCUAUGGUAAAGUGAAGCUAGUGCUCAAGCACAACAGAUACUAUGUAGAAAGUCAGCAUCCGGAUGUCAUACAGAAGCUGCUGAAGGAUCCUGUCAUCCAGGAAUGUCGCUUUAGAGCCAGCAGCCAGCAGACAGAGGAACUAGUCGAGGGACUAGUCGAGGGACAGAUUUCCUCGAAGUCAGCACUACAGUUGAACAAGCCUUCUAAUGGAGCUGCAGGUUCUACAGCAGAUCCCACUCCGGGUCCGUCAGGCUCAGGGGAGGGAGUAGAGGAAACAGAACAGCCAGCUGUACCUAACGAUAUCUUCGAUUACUAUGAUAAAAUUGACAAGGACGAGGAUGAUGACUUUGAAGACAUGAAAACUGUGUCAUUUGAGGUCAAACAGGAAAAUAUUGAAGAAAUACAAAAACGGUGUAUAGAAUUGGAAUAUCCCCUGUUGGCAGAAUAUGACUUCAAAAACGACACCCACAACCCUGAUAUAAAUAUGGACCUCAAGCCAUCUACAGUGUUACGACCCUAUCAAGAGAAAAGUCUGAGAAAGAUGUUUGGGAAUGGUCGAGCACGUUCUGGAGUUAUUGUUCUUCCUUGUGGUGCUGGUAAGACCUUGGUGGGUGUGACAGCAGCAUGUACUAUCAGAAAAAGAUGCUUGUGCUUGGCAACCUCAGGUGUAGCUGUAGAACAAUGGCGCUCUCAGUUUAAAAUGUGGUCAACAGCAGAUGACAGUAUCAUUUGUAGAUUCACGUCUGAUGCUAAAGACAAACCUAUUGGCUGUUCCAUCUGUAUCAGUACCUAUUCUAUGUUGGCACAUAGCCAGAAGCGGUCAUGGGAGGCAGAAAAAGUGAUGGAAUGGAUGCAGAGUCAGGAAUGGGGACUUAUGGUCCUAGAUGAAGUACAAACCAUACCUGCUAAGAUGUUUCGACGUGUAUUGACAAUUGUUAAUGCCCAUUGUAAACUUGGGUUGACUGCAACCUUAGUUCGAGAAGAUGACAAGAUUGCUGAUCUUAACUUCCUGAUAGGACCAAAACUUUACGAGGCAAACUGGAUGGAGCUUCAAAACAAAGGCUUCAUUGCUAGAGUGCAGUGUGCUGAGGUUUGGUGCCCUAUGACUCCAGAGUUUUACAGAGAAUACUUGAAUACAAAAUCAAUGAAGAAAAUGCUGCUUGCCAUCAUGAAUCCAAACAAGUUCCGGGCAUGUCAAUUCCUCAUACGUUAUCAUGAACGUCGCAAUGACAAAAUCAUUGUAUUCUCGGACAAUGUGUUUGCCCUGAAAAACUAUGCCAUCAGAUUGAACAAGCCUUACCUGUAUGGUCCAACAUCACAAGGGGAACGCAUGCAGAUUCUACAGAAUUUUCAACACAAUCCCAAGGUCAACACAAUCUUCGUUUCAAAAGUUGCAGACACGUCAUUUGAUUUGCCAGAGGCAAAUGUUUUAAUUCAAAUCUCAGCUCAUGGUGGUAGUCGACGGCAGGAGGCCCAAAGAUUGGGCAGAAUUCUUAGGGCAAAAAAAGGUGCUGUCGCGGAGGAGUACAAUGCCUUCUUUUACUCCCUGGUCACACAGGACACCAUGGAGGUGCAUUACUCGUUAAAGCGUCAAAGGUUUCUUGUCAACCAGGGAUACAGUUACAAAGUUAUCACAAGGUUCGCUGGCAUGGAUGAGGAGAACCUGGCCUAUCGGACCAAAGAUGAACAGAUGCAGCUGUUACAGAAAGUGCUGGCAGCUACAGAACAGGACGCGGAGGAAGAGCAGGGAGGUGGAGAUGGAGCUAGACCUCAGAUGGCAAGAAAGGCUGGCAGUAUGAGUUCUAUGUCUGGGGCGGAUGAUGCUGUGUACAUGGAGUACAGAAGCAGAAAGGGACAGAAUCUCCACCCACUAUUUAAGAAAUUCAGGACAAAUUAAAUUCAAAUUAUAAUCUGUGAAGUUUGACUUUUUCCACUUUAAAGAGGAAAACAAUUUAGGUGUCUGUUUCAUUUGUCUCUCCUGAUCUUGGGGAUAACUAUAUCUAUACACCAAUAAGCCCAUGUCUGGUGAUAAGCCCACCAAUAUUUAUUUUGGUUUCAGGAGGACUGUCACCAAAUAUUAUAAUGUCAUUGUUUUGUAUUAAGUGCAAGCCUCCAGAAUUUGUGUCAGAGGUAACUCCCUAACUCCCAACAAAUGCCCCUGGGAUUAUUGGAAGAUGAAGAUGGUGUAUAUAAUUAUGUACCGAAAGUCUUAUCAGACAGAAUGAGAAAAAGUACUUUAUUCUUGCUUUUGUACAGAACCAGCUGACUCAAGUCAUGUUAAUGUUGAUUUUGAUAUUAUUUGCUUUAGAACAGUCAGUAGUCAUUUUCUUACAGAAGCUAGACUUUGAAUGGUAUCAAAUGAUCAUGAGCCCAUUCCACUGGGGUGUUAACAUAUGACAUCAUUUCAAAGAGGUAAACACAUUUUCAUUGAUGCCAUAUAAUCACAAGUAUAAUUCUUCUGUCUGAAGUCUCAUUCAUUUUCAUGGAUUGUCUAUGGUCACCAAGGAACGCUGAAUUUGUAAAAUUGAUCACUAUUUUUCCAAUCUGUAAAUGUAUGUGGUUUUAGAUGAAACCUUGCAAAAUUAGAGAAACCCUCUUUCACCACUGUCCAGUGUGGCAAAGACUGACACAGAACCAUUCAUUAUGCUGUCUUGUUUCAAAGACGGUGCUUUAGGGGAUAGAUUUGAUCUUAUAAUCCAUUUAAUUAACAAUUUAAAAUUGUACAGAUAAUAUGAAGUUAAUGAUGAAAAUUGGCUCUUUGGUGGAAAGCAUUUGAAUAUGGUGUAUGUGUGAAAUGGAAGUAAGUUACAGAAACAUGCGAGAUAUUUUAUGUAUGUGAAUGACUGGUAUUGUUUGGACAUGUUGACUAAUUAAUGAAUGUAUUUGAUAAAACAAAAAUAAAGAAAAAAUGUGUCUUGUUA